AUGACGCGGUCGUCGUCGUCGUUGACGACGCUCCACUCCCAUCAUCAUACGCCCAUUCCCAUCGGGGACUUCUCCGGCUUCCCGUCCGCGUCGCAACAGCAGCAGGCUCUCACCAUGCGAGGCCUCCCUGGGUUCGCGCCGCCGCCAUUGCAGCAACAGCAGGCGCAGCCGUCGUAUUCUAGUCUGCAGCCUCUGCCCGGCGGCAAGUUCUCCGGGUUCCCUUUGCCACCGUCGCAGCCACAGCAGAUGCAGCCGUCCUCCUCCACCGAUCUGCCCAGCAGGAUCUUCUCUGGCCUUCAUCGAGUAGUAGCAGCAUUCCCUGGAACUGUCACGGUUCCAUGCCCAUCAGCAGCGACCAGAGCAUGGCUAGCAGCGUCGCAGGCAGUAGCCAAGGCUGAGAAGCCGUGCCGGCGUUGGCCAACAUUCGACAUGAUGAGCAUUGGUGGCAGCAGCUGUAGUGACGGGCCACAAGCGCCAUGGAACUACAGCUCCUUGUCUGUGGAAAAUUCCACCCAUGUCCCCGCCAUGCCAAAGCUGAUACUUGGGGGCAUGGACAGACCCGGGUUGCCACCACGGUCUCCAGCUCUUGGGGCUGGCGCUAGCAGCAACAUGCCACGAAGGGGCUGCACCAAGGAGCACUUCUUCUCUGAGGCCGACAUGCAGACGAUCAAUAAGGAGAACAAACUCAAGGAGCUCGUGAAAACAGAUCCUAGCUAA